CGUUAACCCUGUCAUAUUCCCACAGUAACACGUCGCUUACACAUUAGUAAUGGACACUACAGCAGUACAGUACAGCUCGGUCUUGAUCCAGGUUGUAUCACCGCAUUCGAACAAGUCAACCUCCGCUCUUUCGGGACACCCGUAAGAUGGCUCCAACUGCUCGGUACUACCUCUUCGGAUAUGUUCGCUUGACAGCGCGACGCGCCUACGACCGCUUUGUGGACACCCUCAAUCACUCAACGGACCUCCCCACCCACGUUCGCACAUUGACAAUCAAGAAAUGCCAUAAUCCAUAUAGCAGUUCAUUCGACAUCUCCCCCGUCCUGCUACGCGCAACACAGUUGUCUCACCUGCAUCUCAGGAUAGCCCUUGGUGUGACAGUACGCACGUCGCGCCUGGUGAACACUGUCUACCCCAAACUGUCUACCAUAAUCCUCGCAGGCGGGACAUACCAUGGUCUGGAUAUAUUACGUCUCUUGCGUGCUUGUCCGGACCUUCGUGAUCUGUGUCUGAUGGAUCCACAACAGCCAGACAUCCCUCCAAGUGGCAUCAAAAAGCUCGUUUUUCUGCGAGUAUCCGGUCUCGCUCUACGGGUCAAGUUUCAACUGCAACACUUGGAAAUGGAGGGCAAUCUCGUCGCCGAUAAUCCCUGUCCGCAGAUCCUUUGGGACUCGCAAUCGUCGCUUCGCUCCUUGGUGCUGCACCACAGCCCUGACAUUGACAUAGAUCACACGGAUGCCGAAACACGUUCGCUGCGGUUGAGCUCCCUGCGUUCGCUUUCCUUCGAGCCAGCGACGAACCUGUGGGAAUGGAGUCCCGACUACAUCAUUGACAUGCUCAAUGUGACCAACGCGGAUUGCAUAGAGGACAUACGGUUGAGCUUCAUUCUCCCGUGUUACGGAGGGGUUGACUUCAAGAGUGUUGACGAAGCCCUGGGCUCAUCCACUCGGCCGAAUGUACGGAUUACUGUGGCUAUUGUGUUCGGCGGACAGUCCAUUUCCUAUCGCCAUGACGUUGUGUCGGAUGUCUUGCAAGGCUUUCCGCUACUUCGCGAAAGAGGACCAAAUGUCACAAUGACUUUGACUGAUCAAUAUGGCCGCUUUCCGAAGGAGAUCAUUCGUUAUUGAAGUCGGAACCCUCUGUUGCUUCAUUUGAUGGUGAGGGGUAUUCAACUUGAAGACUUGCUCCAGCUGAUGAGUGACUUACGACCUAUUCCCAGGCGUUACUGGUCGACACGGUACGGCUGGUGUUUGUACUGGCAGGGUUGUGUACAGUAUGUACGAACAAUGUCUUUCAUUCAGUACGUUUAUGAAUACGUACCAUCUGAGUGAUCGUGAUAUCGGUCAGACCGACACCACACGCAGUAUUUCAUGCAUGCGUAAUGACCGCGUGAUGGCACGCAUAGAGUACUCUGUUGUAUGUCCGUCAAGUAACCUCUUCGUUGAAGCUCU